UGCAAAUGGUGGCGGCAUCUGUAAGACUGAUAACUAGGACACGUCUCGGCAUAUAUUGGACAUUUUCAGAAAAGCUUUUCUCUUGGAAGCUCUGCUGGACGGGUGCUCGACGCUGUCAUUGGGUGAACACACUUAACUAUCCUUGCAAAAGCAACGAGGCAGUGACAAAACACGUUUUCGGCUUUUGAAAAUCGUUAAAAUAGCAUAUUCUGGGAGGGAAAAUGGUUGCUUUCUUUCUUCCUUCUAUUCUUUUUCUUUUUUGUAUAUCCACAGACAUCGUUUAAAAAGCAUGGACCCAAGCGAUCCCACCACGUUUAACCACCAGUAUUGCAAUGUUAAUGGCAUUCGCAUGCACUAUAUUGACGAGAACCAGUCGUCUAAGAAGGCUCUUUUGCUUAUUCACGGCUGGCCCGACCUUUGGUGUGGUUGGCGCGAGCAGAUUCCCUUCCUGGUCAAGCUAGGCUAUCGUGUCGUUGUACCUACUUUGCGCGGCUUUGGUGAAAGUGAUGCCCCUGCAGACCAUGUACAGUACGGUGAGCAAACGUUGUCAAACGACUUUGCUGGUUUGCUUGACUACCUCCAAAUCCCAACCGUUGUCGUCGUCGGUCACGACUGGGGAGGUGUCUGCGCCUGGCGCUUCACUCAGUUCUAUCCCAAUCGUGUAGUGGCAGUCGCCAGUUUCUGUACGCCCUACUCGCGUCCAGAGCAGCAAUACCUUCCUCUCGAAGAGCUUGUCAAACUGGUGCCUAACUUUACCUAUCAAUUGUACCUGACAACACCCUCAGCUGCAGCCGAAAUAGAUGAAAAUACCGAAGCCUUUUUCAAGCGGAUGUUCAGACCUAUUUCCGAGCAAGUAGGCGGUGGCGGCAUUAUUGAUGAGCAAACUAAAACACUUAUUGCUGGCCGACCACCCGUUCCAAAGAGCGACAAACUCCCUCAAAAGGUGCUCGAUUACUACGUUGAGAAGUACCAAAAGCGUGGUGCUGCUGGUUGUCUCAACUAUUACAAGCGUCGCAAGGUCAACUUUGAAGAAUGCAAAGAUUUGGAACCUAUCAUUCACAAGCCUGCCAUGAUGGUGACGGCUGACGGCGACGUUGCUUUGCCACCCUCUAUGGCCAAAGGAAUGGAAAAAUCCGUUCCUAACGUUGAAGUCUUCAAUGUCAAGAACGCUGGUCACUGGGUGUUGUGGGAGCAACCGGAGGAAUGCAACUCAUACCUGAAGCAAUGGCUCUCCAAGAUUUAUCCUGCCCAAAAGCUCUAAAACAAAAACUUCCUCUGUAUUUUGUAUCCUUCCUCUUUCUUCAAACUAAACACGAUUUGUUCUGAUUUA